GUCGCGGGGAUUCGAACUGCCAACCUUCCAAUUGGCAAGCCUAAGAGGCUCAGUGGUUUAGACUACAGCGUCACCCGUGUUCCACAUUCUCUGCCCCAGCGUGUUUUCCUGUCAGGUUUGUUGCGCAAGAGUGCCAGCCGUGUAUGCUGGGAUGUGAUUGGAUCCUGCUUGGAAACAGCAAGAGCCUAGAACUGCCCUGAACCGUGCUCCAAAGUCGCAGAACUACCGGUAGUUUUCCACAGGUCUCCUUGAGGGAAUGGCACAUCAACAGUGCAACAGGUUCGGAAAGAAGAAAGUCACUCUAUUUUGGUUGUGUGUGUGAGCACAUGCAUUCACUCACUACUUUGUAGCUGGGCAGUGAUGAGUGCAGCUUGUAUAACUUCUAGGAAAUACCCCCCCCCCCUUCUUAUGCAAGUGUUCUGAAGAGUUUUUCCCAAUGAAAUUCAAGGGGUGUGCCCACUUUGUUAAUCGUUGCAGCUGUCAGGAUUUAUAAAUUCUUCCCUGGGAAGUGCUGCUGGCAAGUUACGUUUCAGACUUUCCUGCUUUUCUCUAUAGCGCUAUUUACAGACUGACCAGUGUUGGGGGAGAGAUUCUGCAGGUGUGAAUUUUUGCCUUCGCUUUCUGUGGAAACCUGGAACAAUAAAAUAAAAUAACCUAGGCCAUUGUAUGAAAUGGAAUCCCAUUCAUUGCAACCCAAGCAUCCUGGAUCAGAUGAAAAAUCCAGAAAACCAGACAACAAAAAUGGACCAAACGGAGAUGAACAGAUAGUCGCAGAGAUCAUGGGAAGGUGUUUCUCCCCUUCGCUGAUAACCACCCAAGCCUGGGAAGGGUUCCAUUUUGUUGGCCACAAGAUAAAGAUCACGGAAUCCACCGACUGCUAUGGAGCUGUCGUCUGGCCUUCGGCUCUCGUUAUCUGCCACUUUUUGGAAACUAACAUGAAAUCUUAUAACCUGGUUGACAAAAAUGUCAUUGAAAUUGGAGCUGGGACAGGCCUGGUCUCGAUAGUAGCCAGUUUCCUUGGUGCACGUGUGGUUGCCACCGAUUUGCCUGAAUUGCUGGGGAACCUUCAAUACAACCUUGUCAAAAACACGAAGACCAAAUGCAAGCAUGAACCCCAGGCAAAGGAACUGUUUUGGGGAGUCGACUUGGAAAAGAAUUUCCCCAGGGCUUCGUGUCAGUUUGACUACAUCCUGGCAGCCGACGUUGUGUACCACCACCCUUACCUGAACGAGCUACUCCUUACCUUCGACCACUUGUGCAAGGACAACACCAUCAUCAUCUGGGCCAUGAGGUUCCGACUGGAGAAGGAAAACCAGUUUGUGGACAGAUUCAAGAAACUGUUUGACCUGGAGGUUAUAACUGAUCUCCCCAGCUUAAAUAUAACCCUGUUUAAGGCAAAGAGAAGGCAUAAAGCGAAAAGGCCUUCCCUUUUCCCAUCCAGACUGCUGGUUAGGUGAUUGUCAAUGCAUGGGUCUCUUUUGUUAGCCAGGAUUAGACCAUUUCUCAUUGGAUUGCUAGGUUUGAACGUAUGAUACUGGUAGAGCACUCAAAUGUUUGGCCCUCACUUGCAGUCCGAAAUAAUAUAACACACCAACAGAUUCAUGAUGGUCCAUGCACACCUUUGUUUGCAAUGAUAAUGAGCCACAAUACAUACCUCUACAGUGGUACCUCGGGUUAAGUACUUAAUUCGUUCCAGAGGUCCGUUCUUAACCUGAAACUGUU